AAUCGACUUCCACUUGACUAUGGCAACAAGAUGUAUUCCCACGCAAUCUCACUCCAGAUAGCCGCCCGUUGAUCUUAUCCUGAUACUGGCGAUCUCCAGGUUCGGAAACCACAUCGACCUACCCGGCACCGUACGGUGAACCGUAAAACAGGUGCUCGGCCAUGUCACACCACCCUACCAGGCCAUCCAGACGACAUCGCUUACCAUCUUACGAACGGCUGACUCCUAGUAACACUAACACCGGUCUCAAUAACGAGGGUCACAAACAUGCCUCGAGUUCGACGUUGGGAUCGGGCUUGUCCGUACCGGCUACUAGUACCUCGAAGACGAAAGCACGAUCAGGCUCGGGGUCGGCUCUCAAACCGAAAAUGACUCCAAAUUCGAGUUCGAAUAAGAAGAGGGAGGCUAGGUUUGCCAAGACGUGGUUGGUAGAGGGUUUCAAGGCGUUCGGGCGGCAUAUCGCGAGGAACCAGAUCCGGGUCCUGUUGAUAGACAGCUUUGUCAUGACGACCCUCUUCUACCCAGCACUCGCUUUGCAACUACAACGAUCCGCUCGAUCGAGGUCUUCCUCUUCCUCUUCUACUUCUACAACAUCUUCUCGUCCAUCCUCAUCCUCAUCGUCAGCACCAAUACCACCAAGACCUCCACAUUCACAUCUAUCGAGGAAAUCUCAUUCGCACGAAGAUCCCCUAUCCCUCCUCUCUACCCCGCUGCUGGACAGUUUCUUCCCAUACCCGGAACCUGCUUUCGAAUUCGGAGAGUUCCCGAGAUUCUUUUGGGAGCUGGAGGGCGAUUCUGGAACGGGAUCAUCGUCGUCAUCGUCGUCAAUAUCAGAGAGGAUCGGGUCGGGCGGGGCGAGUGGGAUCGUCAAGGAAGACACUUGGGGUGCGGACUCGAAUUCGACCUGGAUCGUCGAAGAUGUUUCAAACGACAAGUCAGGCGGAUCCGGAACCGUACAUUCCGACAUCGGCUCGAGUAUCGGUGAUUCGGGCUCGAGGACCACUACGAGGAUCAUCGCUGCUCCGAUCGUAUGGACCGACGUACAGACCGUCUUGACGACAUCUCGGUCGUUCGGGGGGAGUCCAUUGGAUUCGUUAGAUGACGACGGAAAAGGAGGAACAAGAAGAGGAGAUGGGGGAAGGAAAUCAGCUGGGUCAAGUGCGGUAGACGAACGGCUAGCACAGGUCGUAGACGAGCUCGGACGUCGGCCUGGCGUGAGGUCUGUCACAUGCUUCGACCCGGUCACUGGACAGAAGACUCGAUCUGGUGCUUGUCUAUCGCGCGUCGAUGGCCGGGAUGAAAGUACAGCCUCUGGAGUCGCUUAUCUCAAGAUCGAGCAGGAGCAGGUCGCCCGGUCCGGGUCCACGGCACGCUCGAUCGAGGAUGUCUGGCAAGAUGUCAACCGCGAGAUAGAAAAAGGGAGUGAGAGCAAGGUUGGAACGAUAAUUGAGUCGAGUAGGCUAGGGCAGGUCGAGGGUAAAACUCGAUCGGUCUCUGUGAGACCCCGGUCUGCUUACAAUUCGGUUUCGAUGCCGAGUUCGCCCUCGCAACACCCAAAUCCAAAAGAGAUCCCCUCGCCUAUCAUCGUCCUCUACGUCGUCCUCGUCACAUACCUCCUAGUGCUCCUUUCCCGGGCCACCAAUGUGCAUUCUCGGUUCGGUCUCGCCUUUACCGGCGUUGUCGAGCUCGCUUGCUCAUCCAUCAUGUCGUUCAGCGUGAUGGCUCUCCUCGGAUUCGGUGACGGGAAAAAGGGGUUCAAGGAGGGCGAGGCGAUCGUGCCGUACUACAUCCUGCCAUUCGUCAUUCUCAUCGUCGGCGUGGAGAACAUGUCGGCCAUCGUCAAGGCGGUGUACAGCGUGCCCGUCUCGUACUCGGUCCCGGACAGGGUCGGCCUGGGACUGGCUAAAGUCGGGCCCAGCUUGCUAUUCACAUCGUUGUCCGACAUUGCCAUCCUCAGCGUCAUCGGCUUUUUUGUCAAGCUCGGGCCCGUCAGGGAUUUCUGCCUGUUUGCCAGCAUCCUCAUCGUCGUCCAUUUCUGGAUGUUGAUCACGUUCUUCCUUACGGUCCUCUCCAUCGACUGCCAGCGGUUGGAGUUGGACGACCUGUUAAGGCAAGUUUCGGAAAUACCUAUCCGGAAGGAUCUCAUGGGGGACAGCCGGCAAACAAGGAACAGCGGCCAAUUAGCAGACAAGAGCGGCCGUACGAGAAGUGGAAGCCUGACUUCGGAUUUCGCCAAUUCGACAUGGAUUGCAGGAGCAAGGAAGGCUUGGAAGGCGAGAACAGCGAGAGGUGGCAGUUUGAUCCUGCUUCUGACGCUUCUCACCGGGCUGUACUAUGCCAACGAGUCUCGGGAUGCUCGCCAGACACUGAUAUCACUCGGAAGACGCGGCGGUGUCCUCGGACAUGCCACACCUACCCUGCUCGCUGCUAGUAACGGCUCGGCCGCUUCGUCCAGGGUCUGGCAAGCCAUUCGACACGAUCUAACAGAUCAAGCUGUCAUCCUUAUCCUCCCCGUUACCCGCAUCCUGUUACCUUCGCCCGGUCAUGCGAUAACUCCACAGGACCUCGUCGACUCGCUUCCCUUGAUAUCUCGACCCGUCUUGCCCCGGCUUAAACCGGUGUUCUACUUCUUCAAGAUCAUACUCCUCCCUCAAUGCUUGACUGCUUUUAUCGUCUGGUUGAUCUUGCUCUACCUGCUCAAGGAUGCCGAGCUAUUGGACGCCCAGCGAAACAAGAAGUACGCAGGAGAGGUCGUCGAUGAGCUGAGCUCUGAGGAAGAUCAUCAAGUAGCCAAGCCGGAAGUCAACCGUUCAAUCCGCUUUGCUCGUCAGAUGACAUCGCAGGUUGUCCUAUCGUGCGAGAGUGAUGUCCGCGAUGUUGUAAUCGCCACUCAGAGGAACGUGGGUCUGGCGAUCUCGAUCACGGGUCAAGUCAUAUUGUUCAGGCCGAUGGGUGAUCCAAUAGGCAAGGACCCGUUGUUGACAACCAUGAUUUCAAACGGGGUCGUCGUCGCUGCGAUCACUCAGGACGGCAAGUACGCUUGUGUCACCAGUCAAUCCGGCCGGCUCCGGUUCUUUGACAUCUCGGCCUUGGACAAACCUCGCUCGAUUGGGGACGCAAGUCUUCCUGACAGCACGAACGCGACCCCGGUGGCCAUGCGCUUGACCCAUCUCAGUAACAUGGAAGCAACGGGAUGGUCCAGCCAUCUUACAACAGAGCUGGCCGCUACUGUAGCCUUCUCAGACGGAUCGGUCUGGAUCUUCAGCUCAGACCGAUCUUUCCAGGCCCUCAGAGUCGUCAUGUCUGCCGAUACUGUGAAAGUAAUCCGAUUCAUGUCAGAUGGAGAUUCUGGUCAAUCUCGUCUUGUCAUCAGCAGCGAUACGGAGACAACGGUCUGGCAAGCCGCCGGAUCCGAUAUUCGAGACCCAUGGACCGAGAUCUUCAAGCACAAGCACGCACUAUCGGGCUUGACCACCACAGCGAUCACAGCGUUUAGUAUCCUGGACACGGAACACGUUGCAAUCGGCAAUGUCAAAGGCUUCUUAUCAAUAUGGUCUCUCGAGACGCUAUCUUGCUGCUGGAGUGGGCCGAUGUUUGGUACCGGCGGCGGUCUACCGAUCGAUCGCCUAGAGUGCGUCGUAAUACCUGUCGAGCUGUGCACACAUUGCAGCCGUACCAAAUCGCAGACCUGCAUGAUUAUCGGCUCGACUACUGCUUCGGUCACUGAUAUCGAAUUUCAAGCGAAACAUGAAAACCAAGACCCUUGUUCUUGCGCAACGUCAACGCGGAAUACCCCCGGGAUCCGCCCCGUCGACAAAUUGCUCUCUAUCCCUAUCAAGCGAACUCCACGCAGAGCUUCUCGGACUUACCAGGCGCCUUCGCCAGUCAACAUUCCCGACCGCCGCUCACCCUCGCCUAGUCCCUCUCAAACCCGCUUGCAUACGAAUCAGGCGUAUACAGACUCGCCGCCCAAAUCCGAGGUGACCAAUCUCGACUCUGACAUCGAGGACAUGGAACGCGCCUCUCAUGAAUCGCUCGAUCGCCUAGUGAACGAUUCGACCCUCCGAUGGACUAGGACGCGGUCCAAUGAAAGGGCGAUGCAUAGGGGGAGCUUUGCCUUGCUCGCGGACCCUGGUAUACUGGUCAUCACUCGAAAGCAAGCUGCCAACGCGAACGAGAGCCUGGACGCUCAAUGGCAGACCGUCGUCGUAGACCUCCUCUCCGCAGAUCACCGCGACGAAGCGCUAAUCUCGUUCACACCGAGUCUCUCACCCGAACCCAAACCGCUGGCCAAAGAUCCUACCAAUAGAAACAUGUCAUUGAGCGCCAUGCGAGCAAUGCGACUAGCUUCGCUCAACAAGUCAGCUUCAACACAGAGGUCUCCCGGCGUGAGACAUCCCCUGCUUGCCUUUUCCCGCGCCAAGUCGGUGCGCGUCCCAAGGAAUGAUCUCUGCCUGAUCGUGACCGGAAAUAUCGUACAUUCACGUACAGUGCCGACCAGCUCGCCAAUCUCUGCACCCCCUACCAUCAUCGAGGAACCGCCUCGCAAAUUGUCAGCAUUUCACACUGCGCCAUUGGCACCACCAACAUUGGUAACGCCGCGCCGAUAACCAACAACAGAAACGUAACUCGCCUCAUUCUUGAGAACUUGCAUAGAUGGUCGCAUUGUCCGAAGUUGUAUAGCAAGCGGAAUAUUGAAAUGUAUAUGCAUCACAUCGGC